CUUUCUAUUCCAAAGCAUGCCAAAUGUGUGACCAUCAACUAAAUCAGGCGACACAGCGAUUCUUCGUAGGCAAGACCUGUAACAUCACAAAAUGGCUGACAUGACGGAGCUCCACCAAGCUGCGGCGUUAGGGGAUUACGACCUGGUUUCUGAGAUACUGAAGAAAGGCAUCUCUGACCCUAAUCAUAAAGACAUUGACUGGAGUGACAGGACUGCCCUACACUGGGCUGCAGCCAAAGGACAGUCGGAUACAGUCAGGCUGUUAAUUGAAUAUGGAGCCCGGCCAUGUUUGAGGACUGACAUCGGAUGGACACCAGCUCAUUUUGCUGCAGAGUCUGGGAAACUGAGUGUUCUGCGAACUCUCCAUGCCUUGCAUGCUCCUAUCGACACUGCCGACAUGCAUGGGGACACUCCAAAGAGAAUAGCACAAAUAUACGGCCAUAAAGACUGCCUGAAGUUUUUGGAGACGGCAGAAGUUGAAUGCAAUGACUAUCGAUUAACAGCAGAAAUGAAAGCAGAGCCUUUGGAUGAGGUAGAUGAGGAUUGGGAGUCCAAGAAGAGCGAACUUCUGAAAGCUCGCUUUGUUAAUAAAAAAGCAAGUGACAAACAAAGGAAUGUAAAAGGUUCUUCUCAACAAAUGUUGAUCCAAAGCUCAAUAAAAACGGAGAAGAAACCCAUCAAAUCACUGGUUUCUACCCCAAAAAUGAAGGAAUAGUAUUGGGUAGAAGAUGGCUUAAGGAAUUUAUUGACGGUCACAGACACGUUCUUUUAAUGCUAAAUGACUUCCUUCAGAACUUCAAGAAGUUCCCAUGUAGGACUCAGAAGGUUUGGAGAUACGCUGGUCAUCGGCAUCAGUUACUGAAAAAGUGACUCCCAGCCAUCCAUGUAGCCCUAUACUUUCUGCUUUUUAAUGCAUGAAUACAUUUUAGAACACCCAUACAGGUUUUCAGUAAUGUAGGACAUAUAUAGAACAAUGCUUACAUCUGGAACGGCAACACAGGAGUCCCAAAGUGAGACCGUUCCUCUGCUUCUCAGUCAGGUGGACAUCAUUCAAGAGCCUUUUCAAUAAAUUUGGAGUUGUAGCAAACUGAAGUCUGAGCUGCACAAUUUAAGGAAAAAACCUCCAACUCCACUAUAGACACAGCUUGUCUGUUUUAGACCUUUAUUUUGCUAUUUGGAUUAUAAUUCACUACAAUGCUAAGUUUGGUGAAUACGCGUGUCAGUGAUACAACAGGUUAUUUGUGUUAUGAGUUCCUUGUUCUUCAGAAAGCACUCCCGAACUGAAGUGGCAUUUUGGUCAACUUGAGAGGCAUUUUUUUAAGAGGAACUAUCCGCUUCCCUGUAUUAUAAUUAUUAUUCUGGUUUAUUGAACCCUGUAAAUUCUGUUGAAGUGACUUGAAUAAUUGAGUAUAGUCAAAAUCCACUUAUCUCGACCAAAUGUAGGCAUGCAGAGUUGCUAUUUUAGUUAC